CGGGGCCCGGCCGGUAGCCUAAUGUGCUCCUGAACCGACCACGGUUAUUGUCGCCGAGCGCAGCAAUUGGUACGCGUGUCCGCUACUCGCGCGCAAUCAACACUUAUGGUCCUUUUUAUUAUAAGUGUAGCACCCAAACUUAAUAUUUAACUAAACCAUUAAAAGUGAUCUUUUGUGUGAUGGAAAGGUACUGCUUGAGAUUUUUUGUCUUAUUCUUUUUUUUGUGGGACAAUGCGAGCACAGAAGAGUUUACAACAGAUGCGAUUGUCGGGGCGAGCGCUGAACUGCCUUGCAACGUAACAGCUGGUACGGACAGCAAGUUAGACAUCCUAGUCUGGUACAGGAAUGGUUCCUCGUCUGCUUUCUACAGUCAGGACAUGCGAAAUGGCGACGACAUAUCAUCAGUAGAAGGUCGAUACAGUCUAAUUAUAUCCGAAGAUGACGGUUAUAUUUACCUACUGAUUAAGACAGUAAAACCAAGUGACGCAGGCGGUUACUAUUGCUUGGCGGAUUUUACUUCAAGCCCUGGACAGAAAACAUACACACAACUUAACGUUAUUGAACCACCAGUGCAUCUCUGGGUGAUCCAUGAGAAUGGCUCGCAGGUUGCUACAGCAAAUGCUAGCGCAAACGCAAGCGAAUACAUUGGACCGUACUACGUAGGAGAAACGGUGCGGCUAUUUUGUGUUUCUUUCGGAGGAAAUCCACGAGCGUCACUGGUAUGGUUUGUGGGACAAAAGCUAAUGAAGGAGACCUCAACCCCAAUCUCGGAGCAGCGCACUCGCAGCGAUGUCGAAAUUGGGCCUUUGAGUCACGAAGACCACGGCUUGGUCAUUUCCUGUCAAGCGAACAACAAUAACCUAGCUCCACCGCUAUCCAUAGAUGCAGUUGUCGACAUGCAUUUGCCACCAGAAUUGAUAUCAGUCCGCGAUGUGAGCUCAUCGCCAGAUCCGAACCUACCUAUAAUGGGUGGCGGAAGAACGCAGGAGGGCCAGAUACUACAACUACAAUGUCGAGUGUUCGGCGCUAGACCAUAUGCACCUCAGAUAAAGUGGAGACUCAACGAUGAGGACUUGGAUUUGGAACAGAUCGUAACUGUAAAACAAGAACAGAAGCUGGUAGUGAGCGAGAUCAAAUUGCUCAUGGAUCAUACUUACGACGAAGCGAGCGUAACUUGCUGCGCGCCCGCAAACAAGCGCGGGGAAGAUGCAUUCGUUUGCGCGCAAUCGCUGCCUCUUAUUGUAUUAUAUGCGCCUGUGGUGAACAUCACAGUUAAUGGAGAUAUCAAAAAAAUCGUUGAUAGGACAUACGCAAUACAAAAUAAUUCCAACAUUUCUAUAUACUGCGAUCACAAAGCGCAUCCUUCAGAAACUGUAGUUUCGUGGUUUCAUAUAGACCACGAGGAAAAUGUUAACAAUAAUAAUAAAAACAAAAACGGCUAUCAUCCCGUACUAAAUUUAUAUAACGUAACAGAAGAAGACGCAGGCGAAUAUGUGUGCUCAGUGGAGAAUGUAGUGGGUAAAACAUUCGGCGAUCCAGUCACAAUUGAUGUUGUUUACCGGCCAUAUUGUAUAGACGAAACAACUGAAGAUUAUGGAAUUGGUGAAAAUGAUUUCGUAAAUCUCACUUGUAAAGUUAAAGGCAACCCUGAAUCACAUUUAUACAGAUGGGUUACAAUAAACGAGAAAGUGAACUUGAGCACUUUUACAGGCGCUAUUCCGUUUUCUAUUACGGAUACAGAGAGUGACACUCUUUUGUUUCAAAGGCCUAAUGGAACUGAAACAGUUACAGUAUUUUGCAAUGGGAUCAACAAUGUAGACGCUGUGGCAACACCCUGUGUCUUCUGGGUCACCGAUAAGACAUUUCCCCUCUCUCCAACCGAUUGUAAAGCUGUGAAAAUGGAUUCCGGGGAGAUUACCAUCUCCUGUAUGGGGGGCCAUGAUGGUGGAUUACCACAGAAGUUUGAAUUUAACUUGACAAAGAUUGAUUCAAAUGAACAGCUCAUGUCCAUAGUCAGUUUGGAACCCAAGUUCAUAAUCCAAGAUCCAAAAGAAGAUAACUAUAAGUUCGUUAUACGUGCAAUAAACGAAAAAGGACCUAGUCAAAUUGUUGAAAUUGUCAAGGAGGAUAUUCUUAAUGCUACCUUAGGUAACGUAGACCAGAUAAGCGCAGUCACAAAUAUCACCACAUUGGCGUUAGCUCUGUGUGCCGGGGUGGCUUUGAUAGCGCUGGCUGCUUGCGGACUUGUGCUUUGUGCGCAAGAACGUAGCACUCGGCUCGACUUGCACCACGCCUUAGCCGAUCCUCCUUUGUGUGCUUACAACGCCGAAGGUGACAUUAUCACAGUCACAAAAUCAAACUACGACAUUUACAACGAUAGUGACGAGAGCGAAUGUAACGUGCGACGUACAGAAUCCUUCCGAAGAGCUAUGGCGCGAUACCCGUCCAAAAACUUUGAUGUCAAGAGAACAAGCUCGUUCCACUCGGCGCGAUAUAUGGACGAUUUGCACGAGUCCGAGAGUAAAAUCAAUGACGUUCUGAAACGGAGCGGCAGCUGUCGAGUACAUUCGUUACAGAACAUUAGUAGAAAGCGAGAAAUGGAUGCCUUAUGCGAUCAUCUAGUCAUGCGCCUGCCUCCCGAAACAAAUUAUCAAGUCGCUAAACCGAUGAAUUCAUUCUAUACAAUACCAAGGAAAGCAAAAACUAAAUCUCGGGAGAUCAGCGACGAGGUAUCAGAAAUAACUCAAGCUUCGGACUUCUCUUUACCGCCUCCUCCAGACGAGUUUGGUACAUAUCGCGCAGCCACGAGAAUCAAAGACAUUCCUUCGAAGGCGACGCCCAUGUAUACAACUAUUAGAAAAAACUCAACUGGUAAAGAUUCUCAGAAGCAACAAUACAACACAAUACCUUCAAUGAAUACAGUAGGGGUACCAACAAUCAGUGGGCAACAUCAUAGCAUAUACAGUUAUCCUGAUGACGACCAUCGUGUUAACACUAACCCUUUUGAUGAAGAUAGUCAUUAACCACCGUAAAAUAAUAUAAGACGCCAUAGACACUUAAUAUUUUAUUAUUGUAUAAUUAUACCGCCUACUUAUUUGCCAAAUCUAUAAGACCCAGCACGGGAAAAGCGCUAAACGCCCAAUGUGCAUUAAAAUGUGCUAAAUAUAAUUAAUUACAUUCUUCAGGCCCAAGCAAGUAUGGCGGUCAGCGACACGCCUAUCCAUUACACUGCAAGCAGAAACACUUACAGAUUUAUCACAAAAGAUCUGAGGUGCAGUGCUACAGCGCCCGUCACAGACAUAAGUUGACAAGUCCUAUGUGCUUGUAAUUUCACUAGCACCCCUACCCUUCAAAACCGGAACGCAGUAAUGCUCUC